AAUAUCCAUUGGAAAGUAUCCAGAAAUUUGACAGCCUGGUGGGAAUUUGCGCCACCACCGCCACAGGGUUUUAUCGUUGAUUUCGUCGUUGUUGAGCAAGAUUGCCGAAAUAUGGUUUUCACAUUUAAGUGUGGCCACCUGCAGAACUUGGACAACUCAAUAUCCAUCUGCCACCUAAGUAAGGAAAUUGACAAAUUGGAAAAGGAAAUACCGUGCUGGCGUCAAAAACUUCAUAGUUCCUAUAAAGAGUUGGAAAAAUUGAAGCAUGAAAUAAAAUUUUCAAAAUUAGUAAACAUAUUACAAAUUUACUUGAGAGGAAAAAAUUUAGAAGUACAAAAUUCUAAGCAAUCGUUGAUAAACAAGCAUGUAACAAAUAUAGAUAAAGAGGUGGUAUUAAAUUCGCAGUGGCUACACCGAGCGUUCACUUUAGCUAGUGAAGUUAUUAAAAACGGUAGCCUUAAUACAGAACAAAGAUAUCAUUAUGACCAACUCCACCGACACUUAUUCGGAACAACGCUUAAUUUGAAACAUAGUAGUUUGAAUGUUGGCGAAUCACGAAUAAACGGGAUUCAUGCAGCGUCCAGCGAUGAUGAUGGUGAGACAAUAUAUACAGCUGAUGCUACACUAGGACGGGGACAAUGCAGUAAACGCUUACGUUUGGAAGACUAUGAUUUAGAUGAUUUAGAUGACAUGGCUGAUAGUUCGGAUUGUGAUGACGAGGAAGUUUUAAGUGGAGGCGAUAAGCAACAAGCAAAUAAGCUAACUGCAUUUAAAAUGCCAGCCAAGAAGCCUAAGACAAAUUUGAAUGAAACGCAUGUCGUGUCUAUGGAUGCAAAUAUGAAUACAACGUAUUAUAUGGGCCCUUCAUCCUCGAAAAAGAAUGUUAACUGCGGCAAAGUUUUAACAUCCAAUAAAAACCAUCUCGUAUCAAAUGUUUUGUCUGAACAAAUCGUUAAAGGGCCUUCUAAUGCGGAUCAAUUAAAAAAUGGCACAUUCCGGAGUGUCUUCUCUGCACGCUUCUGA